CCCUGGUGAACUUUCCGCAUUUCCUUUACCACGUGUCGCUCCUUAAUUGGCUGCCAAGAUAUGGAUUGAUGACAUGGCAACUGAGAGUGUGCCCUGUUGUGUUACUGCUACCCAUUAUCUUUCAACAAAAGAGUUUGGAUUAUUUUCCUGCAAUUUCAAUGGAAUUGUGCGCUCCAACUUACAACCUUUCUCUCGUUUCUCCGACGGUUAACGGCAACCAUGCAAGACGGAGAAGAAGAGAUUGGGCGGUUGUGCGGAUGGCAGGAUCACCGGACUUGGCGGCGUACGAGGAGGGGCAACUGGAGAGGCCAAAGUGGGCAGGAGACACCUUUGUCUCUCGUGUUGUUAGAUCUCUUAUUUCCUUCAAACCCCUUUAUUCUGUACUCAAGCUCGGUGCCAGACAAGUCUUCAUCAGUACAGCUGAGAAGAAGAACAUUCCAUGGAGGGAUAUGACAAAGGAGAUUCUAGAGUCUGAUGUUUAUAAAGAGCUGGAGACCGUUGAAAACCCAUCAAUCGUAUACCCAGACUAUUAUUUGAGUCCUUUUCAUGCUUAUGAUGAGGGCAAUCUUUCAUGGCUGGCUGCUGCAGAAGCUGAGGCUGCAACCAUGUCAAUGUUAAGACGUGCCAUACCAGAUGGUUCAUUAGAGGAGGCAAAUAAAAUAAUGCGUGGAAAUUGGGUUAAAGAAAUUGAACAACAUCAUCUGCAAUAUUCUGGAAAUUCAGUUAUUGAAGACAUUCUAGAUAUUGGAUGUUCGGUAGGAGUGAGCACAAGAUAUCUUGCUGACAGGUUUCCUUCUGCUAAAGUCACUGGAUUAGAUUUGUCACCUUACUUCCUUGCUGUUGCUCAGUUUAAGGAAAAGGAAAGAGUCGCAAGAAAGAAUCCUAUCACAUGGAUACAUGCAAAUGGAGAAGACACAGGCUUGCCUUCCAAAUCUUUUGAUCUUGUUUCCUUUUCUUAUGUGUUUCAUGAAUGCCCUGAAAGAGCAAUAAUUGGUUUAGUACAGGAAGCAUUCAGGCUGCUUAGGCCAGGAGGCACAAUUGCUCUGACUGAUCAAGCGCCCAAGUCGAAGAUCAUUCAGGUAUAAUUCCUGCACUUCACUAAAUCACUAACUUUUCCAGUGAGAAUUGCUAUGAUUCCAUGUAAUGAUGUCUGGUAGUCUAGUUCCUCCAAUUUAAAUGAUUCGAUUUAUAGAUUACAGACAUUUUGUUUUAGACCUGUACAAUUAUAAUAAAAAUUUUAAAAAUGUAAUUACAGUGUUAAGAGAUUGAAGGGUAAAAGUGUAUGUGAUGACGCCAAAAGUUUUGUGCAUCAAGACUACAGGACCAUAAUGACAUAAAUUUCGGCAUAAAUUCUAUCAUCAUAAAGUAUAUUGUAAGUUUUGGUUUUUGACAACAAUAUCAGCGACCCUAAUGCUGCAUCUUCUUUGUUCGGUUUCCUCUUAGGAACUUUCCCCUGUUCUGUUUACAUUAUUGAAGAGCACCGAACCAUUUCUAGAUGAGUACUACCUGACUGAUCUGGAAACAAGACUUAGAGACGCUGGCUUUAUAAAUGUGAAGGCCGUUCUGACAGAUCCAAGGCACAGGACCAUGACUGCAACAGUGCCUCAUGAACAUGAAAUUGUUUAUGUACACAAAGGCUACUGAAACCUUUUUAACAUAGCUUUCUCUUCUUGUGGCAUUCUUGUCCUAGAUCUGACAAAAAUCAUGAGGACGAUGCAUUGGAGUUUAUUCAAAUGAAAGACUUUAACAGCUGUUUUUCCGUUGAGUGCAAUUAUUUGGAGGCUUCUAUUCAAAUCAAGAGAAAAAUAGAUAAAUAAAUAAAACGAUUGGACAGUAUGUCGAAAUUUGGUAAGGCAUGCUUCAAGAAGUAGUUGAAUCUUUGUGUCUGGCUCGGGGAGUAUCUCCUGAGCAUUCAAUAUCAAUAUGGCCCUGUGGUAGAAGAAUUCUAGCAACUUUAUUCCUGAGCAGCACCCAUGUCGCUGGACGUUUUUAUCACAAUGUUUAGAAAAAGUCUUCAUUUUCAAUGUUUAGCAUAUAAUGAAGAUUUCUAAUAUGA